AUGAGGCAAUCCUGGGUGAUCCCCAGGAGAACUGGAGAUCUCCAGUCCACUGUGGGAGAAGCCCUCAUCCAGUUUGGAGAAAGUAUUUUGGCCCUGAUCCAUCUCUGGGGAUGUUCAGUACCCUGCUUAGUGACUGAUCAGCUCAGGAAUGGCUUCAAAUGUCAUUGCAUGUCUGAGUCCCACCAGAGGCAGUUGCUACUGGCUUCUGAAAAUCCUCAACAAUUCAUGGAUUACUUUUCUGAGGAAUUCCGAAAUGAUUUCCUAGAGCUGCUCAGGAGGCGAUUCGGAACAAAGAGAGUCCACAAUAACAUUGUGUACAAUGAAUAUAUCAGUCAUCGAGAACACAUCCACAUGAAUGCCACACAGUGGGAAACACUGACUGAUUUUACUAAAUGGCUGGGGAGAGAAGGUCUUUGCAAGGUUGAUGAGACACCAAAAGGCUGGUACAUUCAGUACAUUGACAGGGACCCGGAGACUAUUCGCAGGCAACAAGAGCAAGAGAGGAAGAAGAAACAAGAUCUUGAUGAUGAAGAAAAAACUGCUAAAUUCAUUGAACAGCAAGUUAGAAGAGGUUUGGAGGGGAAAGAACUGGAAAAGCCAGUUUAUACUGAACUGAACAGAGAAAAUGAAGAAGAAAAAGUUACAUUUAAUUUAAACAAAGGAGCAAGUACUUCAAUAGCAGCAUCUUCUAAAACAAGCAGUGUCCUUGGACCAAAUGCACUGAAGAUGGUGGAAGGGGCAGUUAAAAGAAAAGAAUCAGCUCAUAGCUCUGGUCAGUCCAAAGAGAAAAAGAAGAAAUCUGCACUGGAUGAGAUUAUGGAGCUUGAAGAGGAGAAGAAAAGAACAUCUCGAAGAGACUACUGGUUACAGCCUGAAAUAGUUGUAAAAAUUGUAACAAAAAAGCUGGGAGAGAAGUAUCACAAGAAGAAGGCAGUUGUUAAGGAAGUGAUUGACAAAUAUACAGCAGUUGUGAAGAUGAUUGAUUCUGGAGACAAACUGAAGCUUGAUCAGACACAUCUGGAGACUGUAAUACCUGCACCAGGCAAGAAAGUGAUGGUACUAAAUGGUGGUUACAGGGGAAAUGAGGGCAUCUUGGAAUCCAUCAAUGAAAAGAAGUUUUCAGCAACAAUCAUCAUCGACUCUGGACCUUUAAAAGGCCGCCGAGUUGAAGAUAUCCAGUACGAAGACAUUUCCAAACUUGCCUAAUUGUGGGUCAGAGAAGAUUUUUGUUCCCAAAAACAUCUUUCUGGCAUCUUCCAGGCAGACACAAGACUCUACCAUGUCAGGGUUUUAAUUGUGUGUGUGUGUAUGUAUUUAUAAUGUAUAUAGAAAUGUAAAGAUCACUAUGAAUUUGUUACAUAAAAUGUUUGUGGAAAUCUUAUCAGUGGAAAUAUUUAAUCUGAUUCUCUAUCAAAGAUAUGUUGUAAUAUUUGGUUGAAUUUCUUUUUGUAAAAUAUAACA